GGAAACACGUGUUAUAUGAACAGCGUUUUACAAUCGUUGUUCAUGGCGAAAGACUUUAGGAGACGAGUGUUAUCCAUGAAUUUGAAAGGAUGCGAUUCGCUGAUGAAGAAAUUGCAACGGCUUUUCAAGAUCUUGGCUUAUUCUCAGCGAGAAGCAUAUUCUCCAUUGAAAUUUUUCAAUGCGUCUCGUCCACCGUGGUUUAGUUCUUUCUCCCAGGAAGACAGUUCUGAAUAUCUUCGAUUCCUUUUAAACAGCUUACACGAGGAAGAGAGAUUAAAGCUUCUAUCUUCAGAGACUACCGCCGAUGCUCUGCCUACAAAAGUUCCACCUAAGGAGGCAUCACAAAGCACAAGCUGCGGGAAAGAUAAAAAAACUGUGAUACAACACAUGUUUGAGGGAAAGCUGAAAACGAAAAUCUUCUGCCAAACAUGUAAAAUCAUUUCCCAGAAGACAGAAGCUUUUACAGACCUUUCACUGGGAUUUCCAACAUCAUCCAGUGAAACUGGCAAUAAAGAACACCAGGAAAAGCUUUCAGUCAACGACAUGUUUAGCCAUUUCCUCGCACCAGAAAUUCUUGAUGGAGACAACUGCUAUCAGUGUGGAAACUGUGCUUCCCUCCAGAAAGCAGAGAAGACCGUGCAAAUUAUGGAGGAGCCAGAAUACCUCAUUCUAAACUUGCUGAGGUUUUCCUAUGAUCCAGAGCACCACGUGAAGCGCAAAAUAUUAAAUCCAGUGUCUAUUCCACCAGUACUGAAGUUGCCCGUGGAAAGAGCUACCUCUCUGGACACUGAUAUUUCUGGUGCUGGUGAGAAUAAAGGUAAUGAGCUGACAUCAGUUGCAAUAGACGAUCGGCGCUGUACCCAACGACGAGUGCCUUAUGUUUUAAAUUCCAUUGUGGUGCAUUCAGGAGCAACAUCUGAAAGCGGCCAUUACUAUUGCUACGCCAGGGACAUCAGUUUAAGGUCUGUAAAGCCUGUGAAGAGUUCCUCCAAAUCUUCCCCAGCCACCUCUGUGUCUAGAAGUGAAUCCUCAUGUAAUCCCAACGAAUGGCUUCGCUUAAAUGACACCAGCGUUACCUUAACAUCCCAACGCUAUGUAUUAAACACCAGCCUGCGGUCUCCAGAGGACUCUGCAUAUAUAUUAAUUUAUAAAAAGUAG